AUGUUCUUGAUGUCAAACUACUCGUGCACUACAAUGGAGUUAGAGAGAUCAAAUAAUCUUGAUUCAGAAGAAGUUGAGUCUAUUCCUGAAGAUUUUAGAUGCCCCAUUUCCAUGGAGCUCAUGAAAGAGCCAGUCAUCAUCUCCACUGGGGUCACAUACGAGCGAAAGAAUAUCGAAAAAUGGUUCUUUGGCUACAAGAAAAAGACUUGUCCUGCCACAAUGCAAACUAUAGAAAGUUUUGGCGUUACCCCUAAUCAUACCCUCAAGAGACUCAUUCUUGUGUGGCAAAAUAGUCAUUUACCAUCGUCUUCGAGUUCAAGUUCAUCGCCAUCUCCAUCUCCAUCUUCAUCUUCAUCACCUUUGCCAUCCUUCAAGCGUGAUGAAAUCGUGUCGUUGCUCAAGAUCCUUGCCUCGAGUCCAUUCAAGGUAAACGCUUUAAAGAAACUUCAAGAAAUUAUUGAAAUAGGAGAUGAGAUGAAGCUUGAUUUUAUAGUAUUAGGAGGGUUGGAUGUGCUUUUUCAAAUAAUUGUUCAAAUUUUAGUAGAUUGUUCGGAUUUCAUGGUGUUUAGAGCUUGUGAGGAGGCCUUGGGAGUCCUUCAACAUCUCCAUAUAUCGGAUGAAAAUGAUGGUAGAAGUAGAGUGAUUAUUGAAUUCUUUUCAAAGCCGGAAUGCAUGAAAUCAAUGGCAAUCAUUCUCCAAAGGGGAAGUAAGGAGGCAAGGGUUUCCACUAUAUCCAUACUCAAAAAGCUAGCUAAUUCCAAUUUCAAUUGGAAUGUGAUUGUAAAUGAUCAUCAAGGGAUCGGUAUGUUCAAAUCCAUGUUGGAGCUUGCCUCAGAUGAGAUCUCAUCCAAGGCAAGCUCGUCUGCUUUGCAAGUCCUGAUAAAGAUCUUAGAUUCAUCUAAGAAAAGCCGGUCAAAGGCCAUAGAGGCGGGUGCAAUGUGUACCUUAAUUGAGCUACUACCUGAUUCCAACCGGUCCAAGUGUGAGAAGAUAUUGCAAGUAAUUAAAUUGUUAUGUGAAUGCGCGGAUGGAAGGGUAGCGUUCAUUGAACACCGGCUAGGGAUUGGUGCAGUAUCCAAAAAACUGUUCAAUGUGUCUGAAAUGGCUUCAAAGAUUUGCGUGAAGAUCUUGGCGUUGAUAACUAGUUUUCAUCCAACGGAGAAGGUGUUGGAAGAGAUGAUGAUAUACGGGGUGGUCAAGAAGCUCGUGGUGUUGUUGCAUAUGAGCGGACCUUCGUCAACAAAGAACAAGGUGUUGGAUAUGUUCAAAAAGCAUGGGAAUUCCUGGAGUCGAUAUCCUUGUUUUCCUGGUGAAUUGAAGGACUACCUCGGAUUACAUCGUACCCCUACUAUAGCUAUUUAA